GCCGGCUCCGCGUUGAAGGCGACAUCAAAAUGGCGGCGGAAACUAUUGACUUUGAUUCUUCCUUCGACAGUGAACAUAGAGAAGAUGGUAUAGAUCGAAUGAUUGGAGAUGUUUUAGAAGAUUCGUUUGAAGAAAUACCAGAGGCAACGGACGAAUUUUGGAAGCCUGUCAUCAGUGUAGAAGCGAAUAUGAGCAGACAGCAACCUGUUGAAAUUACGGAAUCGGCGUCGCCGUUGGACUCGGUGUCGGAGAAAGUUGAGAAACACCAUGCUGCUCGUUCACAAGAUGAGUAUCCUCUUCCUGUUCGUUCCAUUAUUGAUAAUAACUGUACCUAUUUUGAUGAAGGAGUCCAGUUUUUAAGACGUUCUAAAAGCGAAGACAUACUUUGCAAGAACCAAACUGACCAUCAGCCGGCGUAUUAUGAAUCAUAUCCUAUUCCUAUGCAACAGAAUUAUGUGACAACGCCAGAUAAAAUAUCGAACCUUUCGGAUUCAUUGUCUUCGGUUGAGGGCACCCGACCAAGCGAUAACUUUUUGUUAGGUGAUAAAGGUUUUAAAAGUUUCUUUGACGAAUAUGACAAGAAACUUGAUUACCUUGAGGUAAAACACACGGCCAUAGAUGAUUCUUUUAAUGAUAUGCAGUCAAUUUUAAUGGAGUUUGAAAACUUUGUGUCAUUUAUUGAACACCAGUAUAUUGAAAGUAUUGAACCAGCUGAAAAGAAGUCUGACGAUCCUUCCGAUGACGUAGCUGAUGCAGGGAACAAAGACAAAAAAGCAGAAGACGAUACUGAUCAAUGUGCUGACACGCCAGAAAUUUGUGAGGAAGAUCGAAUUGAGGAAGAUCCUGGUGGUCAGAUUGACAAGUGUGAAUCUGGCGAAGACUUGAAAGAAAAUGAUAUUAAUAAAAGUGUUGAUAUCACCGAUAAUGAAAACAUUUCUGCUGAAAAUCAUGACGAAAUCUCAGAAGAAAAUGAGGAAAAUGUUCCUGACAAAAACACAGACAGACAAACGGAAGAAAGACUUCAAAAAAAAUUUGAUGAAGAGGAGAAAGAACUCUGUAAUGGUGAUAACAAAAAUGAGCAAAACGAAAAGAGUAAAUGCGAGAUGCACGUGCAGAGAAAUGAUUGUCAGGAUGACCCUACUAAGUGUGAUCUGGCUAUGGACAUGCGAUCAUUUUUGAUGUGCUUGAAUUCAUCACUGCAUGAGAUGUUCACACGAUUUCAGAAUUUUGUAACUGAAGUGGGAGAAACUGUUCACUUGGGAGCGCUGGCAACUCAACACUCGCAAAGAAUGGAUUCCUGGGCCUCUCACGUACAACGCCUCUACAACUCGCUCAAAACUGACCACAACAAUAUGCAGGAAUACAUAGAGCUGAGGGAGAAGGACUGGAUCAAAGUUAGGAGUCAGUUACAGGCCGAGCUCGAGACCCAGGGCCACCAAAUUCAUGAGGUCAUCACCGCCCUCAAAGAACACGAGGACGUCCGACGGAAGAGCGAGCGUAAUCUGAGUAAGAGAGUUGGUGAGAGACUUCUUCGGAAGUCCGAAAGGAGCAAAUCCCUUGACAAGUUGGACAAUAAUCUUGUGGAUAUUCUUCAAAAGAGGCGAUGUGACCAGGAGCAGGCGAUGGCGCUAGAUUUCUCAAGACAACUUAAGAUAACGGAACUGAAGCUAAUUCUGGUGAGACAACAGAGCUAUAUCCAGAGACUGGAGUUACAAAAUAAGGAGCUGGACGGGGUCCUUAGAGGGGUACUCUUCGACCCAGACACGGAACAGUUCAGCGGAAACUACUUUGUACGGAACCCUGCACAGAUCGGGGAGGGGUUCAACACGAUGACGGACAUACUACACUGUGACAAAGCAAAUUAUCUUCCUGGCAAGUCCACUGAUCCCGACAUGGUAGCUUCACAGACGUUUGACAUCGGUCCAAAAACACAGCGUCUGUCUGCUGAGAAGGAGGUGAUGUUUGACCCUAAAAUGCUGAAGUAUAUGUGUCGAGAAACAGCGGCAGCCAUUAAUACCGACAUGGACGAGAUAGGCUCUGGUGAAAAGGUCAAACAGGAAUGCGAAAUGUUUGAAGGCGAGGCUGGGAAUCUCAAUAACUCUCGUGUCGAAAAAACAAGUCAGCAGACAGUGACACAAGCGGAACCAACAGAGCUUGUAUCGGGACCCCAUUUGGACGUCAAUGGAAACAUUAAUCUUUCUAUGAUUUAGAAAGUGACUUGCGCAAAUAAAAAGAACUGUUUUCUCUCUCAAUGCGUAGGGCUUUCUACGUUAUUGUAAGCGUUGAUAUUGCAAGAUAAUUUUCAAGAACUGGAAAGACAGUCUGUGAUUUUUUGUUAUGUAUGUGUAUAAUAUUAACUGUACAUACAUUUAUGGUCAUUUGUUAGUAGUCGUGUACACGUUAUCGUAAUGAAUACACAAUUUAUACACUG